AUGGAUUUCCUUCUUAUUGGUCUCUGUUUAAACUGGCUGCUGAGGAAGCCCCCGGGGUUGAUAUUGUGUACGCUGGGUAUCUUUUCUAAAAUGCUUCCAGCUGUGAAUAGUGGGUGUCCACAGCUCUGUCGGUGUGAGGGCAGGCUUUUGUACUGUGAAUCACUGAAUCUCACAGAGAUGCCUCGCAACCUGUCGGGCAUGAUGGGCUUGUCUCUGCGGUACAACAGCCUUUCAGAGCUGCAUGAUGGACAGUUCACAGGGUUAAUGCAGCUCACGUGGCUCUAUCUGGAUCACAAUCACAUUUGCUCAGUGGAGGGGAAUGCCUUUCAAAAAUUGCGGCGAGUUAAAGAGCUCACCCUGAGUUCCAACAAAAUAACCCAACUGCCCAACACCACUUUCCGCCCCAUGCCAAACUUGCGCAGUGUGGAUUUAUCAUACAACAACCUGCAGUCUUUGGAGCCUGACCUGUUCCACGGGCUGAGAAAACUGACAACUUUGCACAUGCGGUCGAACGCCAUCAAGUUCGUGCCGGUGAGAAUUUUUCAGGACUGUCGCAGCCUGAAGUUUCUAGACAUAGGAUACAAUCAGUUAAAGAGCCUGGCUCGAAACUCUUUUGCUGGCUUGUUCAAACUCACUGAGCUGCACCUCGAGCACAAUGACUUGGUGAAAGUGAAUUUAGCCCAUUUUCCCAGGCUCAUCUCCCUGCACUCCCUCUGCUUGCGAAGGAAUAAAGUUACCAUUGUAGUAAACACUUUGGACUGGAUAUGGCAACUCGAAAAGAUGGAUCUCUCCGGCAACGAAAUCGAAUACAUCGAACCUCACGUUUUCGAAAGUGUACCUCAUCUCAAAUCCCUGCAGCUGGACUCCAACCGGCUGACCUACAUCGACUCCCGAGUCCUCGACUCCUGGAAGUCCCUCACGAGCAUCAGCCUCUCCGCCAACGCCUGGGACUGCAGCCGGAACGUCUGCGCCCUGGCCUCCUGGCUGAGCAACUUCCAGGGUCGCUACGACAGCAACCUGCUCUGUGCCACCCCCGAGUACGCCCAGGGAGAGGAUGUUUUGGACGCCGUGUACGCCUUCCACUUGUGCGAGGACGCCGACCCCACGAGCGUCAACACCUUCUCCCCGGUGACCAACAACAGCGAGCAGACGCUGGGCUAUGGCUCGGCCACCGCCACCUACGACGCGCCCGACGGCGACGAGGACCGGACCACGUACGCCGUCACCAUCACCAUGCCCGGUGAGAACUCCGAGAACGCCGUGCAGAUUCACAAGGUGGUGACGGGCACCAUGGCACUGAUUUUUUCCUUCCUCAUCGUGGUUUUGGUGUUGUAUGUCUCCUGGAAGUGCUUCCCAGCCGGCUUAAGGCAACUAAGACAGUGCUUUGUCACACAGCGCAGGAAGCAGAAGCAAAAACAGACCAUGCACCAAAUGGCUGCCAUGUCAGCCCAGGAGUAUUAUGUUGAUUACAAACCCAACCACAUUGAGGGAGCCCUGGUGAUCAUUAAUGAGUACGGAUCUUGCUCCUGUCACCAGCAGCCAGCGAGGGAAUGCGAGGUGUGA